ACGAAUCAGACGAGGCCCAACAAGGCCCAAUACUAACACGGUUUAAGUAACCGCAACACUCCCCCUCAAGCGAAGACAUGAAUGACAAGAAUGUCGAGCUUGAAGAAGUAAAUGUGAAGAACAAGCAUGAUGGCUUGAACCACAAAACUCGAGAUGAAUAACAUCUCGGACGAGGUUGAUUGGAGACGACUGACUCUCUCUGAACAACCUGAUGAUGGAGACAAUUGACUGCGUCUCUUGAACUUGAACACACCUGGUACAUCGCGGUCGACCUGAUGACUGAGGUAGUCGACCGACAUAUGUUGACCUCCUAUUCUCCCCCUCAAGCUGGAGCAUGAACAUUGUGAAUGCCCGGCUUGAAAAGCGAUGAAUGGUUGAAAUGUGCCCACUACUGAACUGGAAGAGGGGACGACCAUUUCUUAGAUCGUGAAUGCCAGCUGGACGAUGAAGGGACGAUGACUUCUCUGAUCGUACUACCUUUUGAAUGCCAGGGGACGAUCAUUUUAUGGACCGUGAAUGUCUCGAUCGAUACUUGACUAUAGUUGAUGGUGAAAUCCUUUUGGUUUCGGCAAUUUUCCCUAGUGCCCCCACCUUUAUCACCCCCAACACUCUUUCUAGGUGGACUAAGCUGAUCAUGACAAAGAUGAAGUGGACAUGACAUUCCUUUUGUCAAUUUGAUCCACAACCAAGCUUUAAUUAUUCCAUCGUGAAGCCAAAACUGCCAAAUAUUCUAACGUGGUGUUAAAGUUCUUCAAUGUGAUGGCCGUGAGUGCUUGAUGAAGACGACCGGGCCGCAACAAUGACAAUGCAUCUCGACAAACAUAGGAACCAGCAGGGUCUUCGGAAACAUGAAAGCUGGGUGGAACUGACUUGGACGACCGAACAAGCUUCAAGACAUUGCAGCCUCAUUACCGGUAGCGGAAUGAGAAUCACGAGAUCGGCGACAUUCUCUCUGCGAGUGGGGCCAAAUCUCUCUCUCCCGAUUGUGACGAUGACUGCGACUGGGAGCAAAGGGUCGGCUUGUGACGAGCCGUCGAUGAAGUUGGAGCAGCUACAGGUGAGGGCUUUCAACGACGAAGACGCCGCGGUCGCUGACAUGGGCGGCGGCUGUGAGGAGUCCGCAGACGCUGAUGGGCGAUGGCGGUAGAUGACGAUGACGACCGGUGACGAGACGGCGGGUUAGCGACGUCGGGGGCAGCCGGACUUGCUGUUGGGCUGGAGAACCGGCGUUGCACGAAGGUGGACCGACACUUUGGCUGUUUCUUCUUCGUCUGACCUUGAUUGGCGAUUGAUAACCUACGGCAGACUAGACUUGGUCUUGGUCGGCGGGACUACGAGCUAAACUGGUUGUGGAUCGAGACUUCGCCUUGGCAACGCGGCAAUUGACGAUUGAUGAUUACGGGAGAAACAAUGGAGACCGACUGCGGAAGCUCAAAACCCUAGAUAAGCUAUCGACUUUGGAACUGAAGAUGGGGCCGGUGAAGGAUGCGGCAGGAGCCUUGAGCAGCGGCGAUCGCGGACUAGCGUGACAGCUGAACGAGGCGACAUGUGAAAGGUAGCUACAAGCUGCGAUGAGCCUGGACUGGAGAUGGAGACGCGGUCGGCCCGGAACGAGAACGCCGCACGGACAACCUUGAUCGUUUAUGUUGACGAGACCGAGGACGCUGACAGACGGAAGUGCAAAACCUUAAUCAAGGAUCGAGUUUUGC